AUGACACUACCAGUUAAACCCCGAGUAGUCGCAUUGGGCGAGCCCAAGUUCGUGGGUGCAGACUAUCUUGCAGAGUUUCGAAAGACCUUCGAUUAUUCGUUCCUGCCGGUGAGCAACCGAGCAGAGACACAGCAGCUGUUACCAACAGAUAUCGCCGCCAACGGGCCGAUCGAUGCCUUCAUCAUUCGCAUGGGGACCCCACCCUUCGAGCCUUUCGAUGAGGGGCUCCUCGGCGCUCUUGUCCCCAACUGCAAGAUCAUCGUCUCCGCAAGCGCGGGAUACAAUGAGUUUGACCUGCAAUGGAUGAACAAGGAGGGCAUUCUGUUCUGCAACACGCUCGAUGCUGUUGCUGAGGCGACAGCUGACAUGGCUCUCUUUUUGAUACUCGCCGUGCUGCGCAAUACCUGGAAUGCAGAGAAGAGUCUCCGGAAUGGGAUAUGGAGGCUCUCCGGGUGCGAUAACCUCGUUCCCACUCGUGAUCCUUCUGGGCUCACGCUGGGCAUAGUUGGAAUGGGAGCUAUUGGAAAGUAUAUUGCAAAGAAGGCCGCAAGCUUCAACAUGAGAAUCAUUUAUCACAACCGGAACCAGCUCCCCGAGGGCGAAGAAACGAAAUAUAACGCCACAUACUACAAGUCUCUACAUGGCCUGCUAGCACAGAGUGAUGUUGUCUCAAUCAGCUGUCCACUCAACGCUCAAACCACGGGCCUUAUCGGAGAAGCCGAGUUUGCCGUCAUGAAAGAUGGCGUUUUCUUGGUCAAUACCGCCCGGGGUGCUAUUGUUGAUGAGAAAGCCCUGAUCUCUGCACUGGAGAGCGGUAAGGUGACUCGAGCUGGACUGGACGUCUUUGCGAAUGAGCCGUCGCCGAAUCCGUGGUUUUUCCAAAGUGAUCAAGUCAUUCUACAGCCUCAUAUGGGUGACUUGACGGAUAUUGCCUAUCAAAAGGCCGAGCGCGAAUGCUUCGAAAAUAUUCGUGCUUUUUUCACGACGGGCAAGGCAAAUUCGCCAGUCAACAUUAGGCAGGCAUAG